AUGGGCAGAAAACUUACAGGAUCUGCGGUCAAAGUCAAGUCGGGCGGUGUCGCUGUUCCGACCACUACGAACCCCAAAUCACACGAUGAAGCCCCCAAACUUGUCCGCAGUGACUCCGGCGUUGACGUUACGAAGCCUGGCCAGACCAAGCCGCUUCCUGUAACUCUCCUUUCCGGGUUCCUGGGAAGUGGGAAGACGACACUGUUGCAGCAUAUACUCAAGAGCGACCACGGUCUUAGGAUAGCCGUUAUUGUCAACGACAUCGGAGCUGUCAACGUGGACGCAUCCCUCAUCAAGAAGAGCCACCGACUCACAAAGACGGAGGAGAAGGUCAUAGCUCUACAGAAUGGCUGCAUCUGCUGCACACUCCGCGGUGAUUUGCUGGAGGAGCUCGUCAAUCUAUCCGAGCUUCACGAGUUUGACUAUGUCAUAAUCGAGAGCAGUGGUAUCAGCGAGCCCGAACAGGUCGCGGAAACUUUCGACGCCAGGCUGGCCGAGCAGAUGGCCGCCUUGGGCGAGGGUCCUGAGGGUCUCGACAAGGACACUUUGAAGUUGCUCAAGAGAUUAGCCGACGCUGGCGGUGUCGACAAGUUCGCCCGCCUCGAUACCACCGUCACCGUGAUUGACGCCUUCACAAUCUUUAACGACUUCCACACAAGCGACCUCCUGUCCUCACGGCGAGACGACGUCGUACCGGAAGAUGAACGGACGGUUUCGGACCUGAUGGUCGACCAGAUCGAGUUUGCAGACGUCAUUGUUCUGAACAAGGUUGACAUGGUCUCGAAUGCAGACCGCGCUCGUGUCCUCGACCUCAUCAAGAAGCUCAACCCGCGGGCCAAGGUUCUCGAAGCCAAUUACAGUAAGAUUGACGUGAAGGAGAUUGUAAACACCAACACUUUUGACCUUAAGGUCGCCCAGUCCGGCGUUGGCUGGCUGCAGGACCUUCACGCCAUGACAGUGCGCGAGGUCAACGGUCGCAAGGCCAUUACUCCCAAGCCAGAGACCGAAGAAUACAAUGUCCGCAACUUUGUCUACACAAGAACAAGACCUUUUCACCCCCGUCGCUUAUGGUCUCUUCUAUACGACAAGUUCAUUCUACAAAUGGAAGCCCCCGAAGACGAUGGGGAUGCCAUGGACGAGGACGAGGACGAGGACGAGGCUGAAGGCUCCGAAAAGGAGGAUGAAGAAUGGGAAGACGACGAAGAAGAGGAAGAGGACGACGAUGCCGACGAGGACGAUGACAUGGAAGAUCCCCUCGAGCCCCCAGCGAAUGACGUUAUCCUCGCCAACAAGACCGCCCACCCCCUCUUCAACCGCCUCUUCCGCUCCAAGGGCGAAUUCUUCCUCGCGACGCGGCCGCACCGGGCGGGCGACUGGUCCCAGGCCGGGGCGAUGCUGACCAUGACCGGUGGCCGCCCCUGGUUCUGCACCCUGCCGCCCGAGGACUACCUCACGGGCGACCCGGAGGUCGACGCGCUCGUCACGCACGACAUAAAGAAGGGCGGCGAGUGGGGCGAUCGCCGACAGGAGCUCGUCUUCAUCGGCGAGAACCUCGACAUCAAGGGUCUGGAAGCCGCGCUAGACGCCUGCCUGCUCGACGAAGCGGAGUGGGCGAGGUGGCAGAAGGUAAUGCGGAACAAGCGGUGGGAUGACGAGAAGAAGAGGGACAAGCUGCAGGACCUGUUCGACGACGGAUUCCCGGACUGGGAGGACGACGAUGGGGACCACGAAGGCCAUGACCAUGCGUGA